UGAAGAUGGCGGCUGCUAUGCUGUAGAUUCCGACCACUGUAAACUCGAUUUGUCAGGGUCUGCCGGAAAAGCGCUCGCUGUUACCUUAUCAGCCCCAGUGAUGGGGGACACGGAGAAGUUCUACUACGUUUACAGUUGCGACCUAGACAUCAAUGUCCAACUGAAGAUUGGAAGUUUGGAAGGAAAACGGGAACAAAAAAGCUAUAAAGCUCUUCUGGAGGAUCCAUUGCUUAAAUUCUCAGGCUUGUACCAAGAAACCUGUUCAGAUCUCUAUGUAACAGGUCAAGUCUUUGCAGAAGGAAAACCAUUGGCUCUUCCAGUUCGUACUUCUUACAAAGCUUUCAGCACCCGAUGGAACUGGAAUGAAUGGUUAAAAUUGCCUGUAAAAUAUCCAGAUUUACCUCGAAAUGCUCAAGUGGCUCUCACAAUUUGGGAUGUUUAUGGACCAGGAAAAGCUGUCCCCAUUGGAGGAACUACUGUUACACUUUUUGGAAAAUAUGGUAUGUUUCGACAGGGUAUGCAUGACUUGAAAGUUUGGCCAAAUGUAGAAGCAGAUGGGUUGGAGCCUACUAAGACAGCAGGCAGAACAACAAGCAAUGCAUCUGAAGAUCAAAUGAGUCGUUUAGCAAAGCUUACAAAAGCACAUCGUCAAGGUCACAUGGUGAAGGUUGAUUGGUUGGACCGACUUACUUUUAGAGAGAUAGAGAUGAUCAAUGAGAGUGAAAAGAGAAGCUCCAAUUUUAUGUACCUAAUGGUUGAGUUUCCUCGUGUAAAAUCUGAAGAUAAAGAAUACGGUAUUAUUUAUUAUGAAAAGGAUGGUGAUGAAUCAUCUACAAAUUUAACAAGCUCUGAGAUUGUCAAAGUGCCAGAUCCUCAGAUGUCAAUGGAGAAUUUAGUAGAAAGUAAGCAUCAUAAACUUGCUCGAAGCUUGAGAAGUGGACCCUCUGAUCAUGAUCUAAAGCCAAAUGCUGCUACACGUGAUCAACUUAAUAUUAUUUUAAAUUAUCCUCCUACUAAAUUGUUGUCAUCUGAAGAACAAGAUCUAGUUUGGAAAUUUAGGUACUAUCUCACCAAUCAAGAGAAGGCUCUGACUAAAUUUCUGAAGUGUGUAAACUGGGACUUGGCUCAAGAAGCUAAGCAAGCUUUGGAAUUGCUAGGAAAGUGGAAGCCAAUGGAUGUGGAAGAUGGUCUUGAGUUGCUUUCCUCACAGUUCACAAAUCCAACUGUUAGGCGGUAUGCAGUCGCUAGAUUGCAACAAGCUGAUGAUGAGGAUUUGCUCAUGUACCUGCUUCAGCUUGUUCAGGCUCUCAAGUAUGAAAACUUCAAUGAUAUAAGAAAUGGACUAGAACCAAACCGAAGAGAUAGCUGUCAAACAGCAAUGUCUGAAAGUAUGUCAGGUUCAUUAGCAGGGACUUCAGAAAUGGAGAGCUCUCAAAUAAUCACUAGUCAAUAUCCACCUGUAUCAUCUCCUCCUCCGGCUUCUAAGGCAAAAGAUGCAACAGAUGGAGAAAACUUAGAGCAAGACCUCUGUGCAUUUCUGAUAUCAAGAGCUUGUAGGAAUUCUACUCUGGCAAACUAUUUAUAUUGGUAUGUUAUUGUAGAAUGUGAAGAUCAGGACACUCAACUGCGUGACCCUAAAACUCAUGAAAUGUAUUUGAAUGUAAUGAGGAGAUUUAGUCAAGCCUUGCUAAAGGGUGAUAAGAAUGUGAGAGUCAUGCGCUCCCUCUUAGCUGCUCAACAAACAUUUGUGGAUCGGUUGGUGCACCUUAUGAAAGCUGUGCAACGGGAAAGUGGGAAUCGGAAGAAAAAGAUUGAAAGGCUGCAAACUUUGUUAGCAGACAAUGAAAAAGUGAACUUAUCAGAAAUUGAACCAAUACCUUUACCUUUAGAGCCACAAGUUAAAAUCAGAGGUAUCAUCCCAGAAAAGGCAACUCUGUUUAAGAGUGCACUCAUGCCAGCCAAGUUGAUAUUUAAAACUGAAGAUGGAGGCAAAUAUCCUGUCAUAUUCAAGCAUGGUGAUGAUCUCCGUCAGGAUCAACUUAUUCUGCAGAUUAUUUCACUUAUGGACAAGCUUUUGCGGAAAGAAAAUCUUGAUUUGAAAUUGACGCCCUACAAGGUGUUGGCAACCAGUACCAAACACGGCUUCAUGCAGUUUAUUCAGUCAGUACCUGUAGCUGAAGUAUUGGCUACAGAAGGAAGUAUACAGAAUUUUUUCAGAAAAUAUGCCCCGAGUGAAAAAGGGCCCUCUGGUAUCAGUGCUGAAGUAAUGGACACUUAUGUUAAAAGCUGUGCUGGAUAUUGUGUGAUAACAUACAUACUAGGAGUUGGAGAUAGGCAUUUGGAUAACCUUCUAUUGACAAAGACAGGGAAACUGUUUCACGUUGACUUUGGAUAUAUUUUGGGUCGUGACCCUAAGCCUCUUCCACCCCCUAUGAAGUUAAGUAAGGAAAUGGUGGAAGGAAUGGGCGGAAUGCAGAGUGAACAGUACCAAGAAUUCCGUAAGCAGUGUUACACUGCUUUCCUGCACCUGAGAAGAUAUUCGAAUCUAAUUCUAAAUCUUUUCUCACUGAUGGUGGAUGCCAACAUUCCGGAUAUUGCUCUGGAGCCUGAUAAGACUGUGAAAAAGGUGCAGGACAAAUUCCGCCUGGAUCUUUCUGAUGAAGAGGCUGUUCAUUACAUGCAGAGCUUGAUAGAUGAAAGUGUGGGUGCCUUGUUUGCUGCAGUAGUAGAACAAAUACACAAAUUUGCUCAGUACUGGAGAAGAUAAAGUCCAUCUGUAAAGGCUGAACAGGGCAAGAUCUUUGACGAGGAAUCACAACUCUUGCAAAAUUUGAUCUUUACUGCAAAAGAUCAAAUUAAAGCUCAAUAUGUUUUGUAAAAUAAAUCAUCUAUGAGCAAAGUUCUGCACUAAAAUUUGCACAGUUACAAAAUACUUUGAGUGACUAUAUAUUCAUAGUGUUAAUGAUUCCAGUGACUAAGAUGAGAGAAAAUUGAGCCCAUUUGUUCUGCAGCAUGCCAGAGAAAACUUUUGCAAAGUUAUUUUCUUAUGCUAGGUCUCAGAAAUUGCUACAUAUUUCUGUAAAUAUGUAGCUUUGUGACUUUUGCCAUUCAAUUACAGUGAAAAUACCAAAAAGUAACAUUCUGCAGUUGAAUGGUCAUCAUGAAUAUAUUGUAAAUUGUGUCCAAUAUUGUUACUGCCUCAAAUGUAUCUUUCACAAAUUGUUUUACACAAUAAAUUAUCAA